GCUCAUGUUUACCUCCUGUUAACCUUGGGUUGGGUGGCUGCCUUUAGCCUUUGUUACACAUAGUGUCAGUAGUGGGAUUGUGGCGAGGCCAUUGGGAGCAUGUUCCAGGUUGAGGAACCCAUCCCUGCUGUGAGGGGAUGGUCUAGCCCACUGUGAGAUUGUCACUGUCACUCUCUGAAGGGGAGGAUGCUGUAAGGUUGGAUGGUCGUGAGGUGAUUUUGCUGGGAUCGGAGGAUGUGAUAAAAGCGGCAGUACCAAUCGCAAAAGUAGGAAUGCACUUAGCUAAGACCUUGUUAGAAAUAAGGGGCGUGAUGGGCCGAGAGUAAUAUGGAAAAACGAGCCUUUGGGUUUUGUGAUUCCAUGAUUUCAGGCCACAUUGCCAGAAGGAAGGCAAAUGAGGGAAGGGCAAUGGAUGCAGGUCAUCAAGUUUUUGCUUGGAGCAAUUUACGACGUCCUUCCAACUACGCAAGACCUUGGACAGGAACAGAAUGUUGCAAGAUGGGUGGCAGAAUUCUUUUUUGGUUUCUUAUAGCCCUGCAAGUAAGAAUACAGCCUCCUAAUUCACCCAUGGUUGUCGUGGCACCAGGAGCUGACAUCACCUUGCCGUGCAUUUUCUCAGCUAGCGAACAUCUGAAUCUCUCCAACAUCAUCAUAAACUGGCAGCAAGGAAACACAGUUGUCCACAGCUUUUAUCAUGGCGGAGAUCAGCUAGAGAGACAAGGCCAGACCUACAAGAAUCGCACUCGGGUCUUUAUAGACCAGAUACUUUCUGGGAACGCCUCACUGAGCCUAACGAGUGUGCAGCCAGAGGACCAGGGAGAAUACACCUGCUACGUUACCAGUGAACAGGAAACUACUAGAGGAAAUGUAAAGCUUAUAAUGGCUGCACCAUAUGAUGAGCCUGUGUUGUCUUUGCAGCCUACAUGUGAUGGCAUCAAUAUCACUGCCACCUUUUCCAAUGGUUUUCCUCAGCCAGAGCUCAGAUGGCUUGACUCCUUUGGCGGAGUCAUAAAUGAGAGUCAUUCUUCUUUUCAACUGGACAGAAGGGGGCGCUAUGAGGUGUCCAGCACCAUGAGCUUCAGGUCAAGCACCAUAGAGAGGGUAACCAUAGAAAUGACAUUGGAGGUCAUCAGUCAGAGCCUCACCCUAUCGUUACACUUGCAUCCUCUUCAAGACAUUUGUCAAGAGUGCUGUCAGACGGCCUGCACUUUCAGGAGCAGGACCCCAUUUGCAUUAGUGGUGGUUUUGAUUUUGAUUGGACUCAUUGUUCUCGUGAUGGUUGUUAUUAAGAAAUGGAAACACAGGACUUGAGUGAGUGGUAGACUCGCUCCAGAGUCAUGUUGUUUUUCCCCCACUGUGUGCACCCUGUCAGUGCUACAGACCUUGGAUGAGUGCCAUGGUGAUGACUGGACUUAUCUGGGACGAGGCUGUUGGUUUCCCCAUCAGCCAGCCUUCAGGUAUCAAAUUAAUAUCAAAUUAGCUCAGCUUCUCCUCCCCACCUCAUCUACUGCCCCUCAGACCUUCCCCUAAGAAGUGUCAAGGUCCUGUACCACCUGUAGCAUCUCAUAAAAAAAGACAAGCUCCUCAACCAUCAGAAAGGCUGCAUCGCUUUCUACCCUAUCGUCAGCAGGAGCUGCACCCACCAUCAUCUGCUGUAAAGGAGAAAGACACCCCAUUUUCAAAUAGUGACACUGAUAUUUUUUGGUUACACUUUUGCUACGCUGAUGGCAUCAGCUGUACAAAUUUUCCAAAGAAGCUCAGACCCAGCGUUCCAGUGCUUGUCAGAAACAGGAAAAAUAUGAGAGAAUACGUCACAUACUAUAAAUGUAUCCAACCUGCAGCUAAAGCUUUUGAAGCAAAGCACACAGGCUACUAAGUUAGCUUUUACUCAAUAUUAGAUCACUCAUAACAAAUCUCAUUUAAUGAACUAUUUUAUUAUUGCCCAUGGACUUGGUUUUAUGCUUUUAUCUUAAACACGGUGUUAUGCUCCCGGGCUGCUACAGUGCGCUCCUGUUCCAGUUUUGGAUUUGGGUCUUGUUGUGCACCUUGUUACUGGCUCUGCCCUGCCUUAAGUGAUUGCUGUAGCCUAUAUAAGGACCCUGCUGAAAGAAAACAGCAGCUUGCCCAAGCUCACUCUAGUGUCGAUCUAGCUUUGUGUGAUUUUGCCUUAGUAUAGUUUGUUUGGUUUUUGUGGUCUUCUCUGUGCAUACCUUAUCUUUUGGUACCCAUAGUCUGUUUGUAUCUAGAUCUGUGUGUAAGCAUACACUGCAUUUCACUCAUGUUGUACUCCUGUGUUCUGUCUAUAAUUGUGAUCCCUGUGUUAGAGUGCAUGUUCUUGUGUGUGUAUGUGUGUAGUUACUGCUUGUCGGGAGUGGUGUGUGUUUUGUUUGGGGAUCUGGGUUAAU